GUCAUUCAACUAAUAAGUCUAUCAGUACACUCGAUUCUUUUAUUGCUCGACCACUUUUCAAAAAUGAUAAAUAUACAUUUGAAAAAUUAUUAAUUUGUGCAACAGUUUCUGCAGAUCAUCGAGUUCUAGAAGGACGAAUUUUAAAUGAUGAAUCUAAAGCUCUUCAAGUUGAAAUGAAACAAAAACUUCAGAAUAAUUCUGUCAGUGUCACAUUAACAUUUAAUGGUUGGACUAAUGUAAUAAAUCAAAAUAUUCUUGGCUCUGUAUUUAUUAUAUCAGAAG